UAAGUAUUAAUAUAAGUUUAGAGGUAUCAGAAACAAGAAAAAAGUGAAGAAGAGUCGCCGGAAAACCCAACCGGAGGCCACCACCACCACUAGCAGUCAGAAAUGGAGACGCCACAAUCAUCAGAUGAAGCUAUUAACAGUAUUAAAGAUAAAAGACAAAAACUUGAAGCACGCAUAGAAACCCAACAUAACUCACAUAUGAACAUGCUUUCUUCUGUACAAACCAUUAUACCUAAUAUCGUUUCUUCUCUUGACCUUUCUCUCAAAGUUCUUUCUUCUUUUAACCAUCGUCCUUUUGCUCCUACACCCCCUCCUCCUCCCAAAUCAUCACUCCAACAACAACAACUACCUCAAAACCCUAAAACAACUACAAAUCCAGAAUCAGACAAAAUUACUCCUUUAACCAUGGUUACUGAAACUGCACAGCAGCAGCAAAAUGAAUCUAGUUUCGGUGAUGUGAACACCAAUCAAAUCAAUACCGGUAGUAGCGCCGCGAAUGUGAAUGAUGUUAUGAUUGGAAGGAGGCCAAUUUCUGAUAUGUGGAUGUCUCAAGGUGACCCUCACAUGUCAGGGAUACCGCCAAUGCUUUCUGGUGGCGGACCAAGAGGUAUUAGUAGUAUGCAUAGACUCCCAUUGGGGCCAAAUGCAUCAGGGAGUAGUAGUAGUAGUAGUGUUAAUGCAAAUACCUAUGAUGAGGAUUUGAAGGAGGUUGAGGCUAUAUUGAAUAAGAAAUCGUUUAGGGAGAUGCAAACAUGUAAAAAUGGCGAGGAGCUUUUCGAUUUAAUUCAUCGACCAACUGCAAGGGAGAUUGCUGAAGCUGCUAAGUUCAAAACUAUAGGUGGUUCUAAGGUGAGGCAAAAUUGUAACUUAUUGACAAAAGAAGAUUGUCGACGCCAGACUGGUUCCUUUGUAGCUUGUGAUAAGGUUCAUUUUAGACGAAUCAUUGCUCUUCAUACUGACAUUAAUUUGGGAGACUGUUUGUUUCUUGGUAGUUGUCGGCACAGGAAGACGUGUAAGUAUGUUCACUAUGAGUAUGACCCUACACCUGAUGUGCCUCCAACAAUGAUUGGUGUUCCUCUUCCUUCCAAACCACUGAGGCAGCAGCGUGCCGAGUAUUGUUCUGAACUGGAACUUGGGGAACCACAAUGGAUCAACUGUGAUAUACGUAACUUUAGAAUGGACAUAUUAGGUGAGUUUGGAGUAAUAAUGGCUGAUCCACCGUGGGACAUUCACAUGGAGCUGCCUUAUGGUACAAUGGCUGAUGAUGAAAUGCGCGCUCUUAAUGUCCCUGCUCUGCAAACUAAUGGGCUAAUUUUUCUAUGGGUCACUGGGCGUGCGAUGGAACUUGGACGAGAAUGCUUAGAACUUUGGGGAUAUAAAUGUGUUGAGGAGAUCAUUUGGGUGAAAACAAAUCAACUUCAGCGAAUAAUUAGAACUGGACGUACGGGCCAUUGGCUCAAUCACACCAAGGAACAUUGUCUUGUUGGAAUAAAGGGCAGCCCUGAAGUAAACCGAAACAUUGAUACUGAUGUUAUUGUUUCUGAAGUCCGGGAAACUAGCCGAAAGCCAGACGAGAUGUAUCCUUUGUUGGAGAGAAUAAGUCCAAGAACAAGAAAGCUGGAGUUGUUUGCUCGCAAUCACAAUACUCAUGCAGGGUGGAUGUCUCUUGGUAAUCAAUUGAAUGGUGUAAGGUUAGUUGAUGAAGGGCUGCGGGCGAGGUUUAAGGCAGCUUAUCCAGAUGUGGAGGUGCAGCCAGCAUCACUUCCCAGAGCUUCUGCUAUGGAGGUAGACUCUAGUGUUGCGGCUCAGACAAGGAGUCCAUUUGUUGGCACAGAAUCAAGGUCCACUGCUGAUCGCGCAGCCCCAGCAACUACCUAUGCUUCAGAGGAGAAUCCAAUGGCCAUUGAUGUGGGACUUCUUAAUGGUUAGCAAACAAAAUGCCACCUGUUAAGAAUAUAGUUAGUUAGAAUUUCCAUUAGUUUGUUAGAGUUGGUUAUUAGAUGGUUAGUUGGUUAAUCUUCAAUAUUGCUCUAUAUAAGAGCCACCAUUGUACUAUUUUCAUCAUUCUUUUAUCAAUCUAUAUUCAUUCAAUAUGAA